GAAGGAAGGAGGGAGGGAAGGAGGGAGGGAGCGAGGGACAUGGCGGCGGGGGGCGGCGGCCGAGCGGGUCCGCGCUUGGGGGGCCGGGCAGCCACAGCAGCAAACGGGGGGCCCACCGGGGAGAAGCUUCCUGUCCACGUGGAAGAUGCCCUCUCCUACCUGGACCAGGUGAAGAUCCGCUUUGGGAGCGACCCGGCCACCUACAACGGCUUCUUGGAGAUCAUGAAGGAGUUCAAGAGCCAGAGCAUUGACACCCCGGGCGUCAUCCGCCGUGUCUCCCAGCUUUUCCAUGAACACCCCGACCUCAUCAUCGGCUUCAACGCUUUCCUGCCGCUGGGUUACCGCAUCGAGAUCCCAAAGAAUGGGAAGCUGAACAUUCAGGCGCCUCUGGGUGCUCAGGUGUCCCUCGACCCAGUCCACAGUCCGCUCUCUGGCAGUGGCCUGGUGCUCCAUUACUGCCCAGAGAAUGCCCACAACCACGGGGAUGGGCCGGAGGACCUGCGCCACCAACACCACCACCACCACCAUGCGCACCCACCACUCCCCCCACCCCCACAGUACAAGGAGGAUCGGCUGCAGGUCCCACUGGAGUCGGACUCGGUGGAGUUCAACAAUGCCAUCAGCUAUGUGAACAAGAUCAAGACUCGCUUCCUCGACCACCCUGAGAUCUACCGUUCCUUCUUGGAGAUCCUUCACACCUAUCAGAAGGAGCAGCUGAGCAGCAAAGGGCGCCCGUGUCGAGGAAUGUCGGAAGAGGAGGUCUUCACCGAGGUGGCCAGCCUUUUCCGGGGCCAGGAGGACCUUCUCUCUGAGUUUGGGCAGUUCCUACCCGAGGCCAAGAGGUCACCUUGGUAGUAUUUCACUGGGAACGGGCCGUGUGAAGCGAGCAGUGCCCCCCGCUUGGAGCGUGAGAGACACCUGGAACACAGCAAAAAGCGCUCCCGGCCAAUGUUGCUGCGUCCAGGACCUGGACCCUCCAAGAAGAAAAUGAAGCUGCGCGGGACCAAGGACCCCUCGGUGGCCCCGGUGGGCAAGUACGGCACCCUGCAGGAGUUCUCUUUCUUUGACAAGGUGCGGCGUGUCCUCAAGAGCCAAGAGGUGUAUGAGAACUUCCUCCGCUGCAUCGCCCUCUUCAACCAAGAGCUGGUUUCGGGCUCUGAGCUUUUGCAGCUGGUCACCCCCUUUUUGGGGAAGUUCCCCGAACUCUUUGCCCAGUUCAAGUCCUUCCUGGGGGUGAAGGAGCUGUCUUUCAUCUCGCCUGCCAGCGACCGAGCCGGGGAUGGUGUUUGCCGGGAGAUUGACUACGCUUCGUGCAAGCGCAUCGGGUCCAGCUACCGGGCCUUGCCCAAGACCUACCAGCAGCCCAAGUGCAGCGGCCGGACCGCCAUAUGCAAGGAGGUCCUGAACGAUACUUGGGUGUCCUUCCCCUCCUGGUCGGAAGACUCGACCUUUGUCAGCUCCAAGAAGACGCCUUAUGAGGAGCAGCUCCACCGGUGUGAAGACGAGCGCUUUGAGCUGGACGUGGUCCUGGAGACCAACCUGGCCACCAUCCGUGUCUUGGAGAGUGUCCAGAAGAAGCUGGGCCGCAUGGCGCCCGAGGACCAGGAGAAGUUCCGGCUGGACGAUUGCCUGGGUGGCACCUCGGAGGUGAUCCAGCGCCGGGCCAUUUACCGCAUCUACGGUGACAAGGCCCCCGAAAUCAUCGAAAGCCUCAAGAAGAACCCCCUCACGGCCCUCCCUGUUGUGCUAAAGAGGCUGAAGGCCAAGGAGGAAGAGUGGCGAGAGGCCCAGCAGGGCUUCAACAAGAUCUGGCGGGAGCAGUACGAGAAGGCCUACCUCAAGUCCCUGGACCACCAGGCUGUCAACUUCAAGCAGAACGACACCAAGGCCCUGCGCUCCAAAAGCCUCCUCAAUGAGAUCGAGAGCAUUUAUGACGAGCAUCAGGAGCAGCAUUCGGAGGGCCGCGGGGCCGCCAGCGAGCCACACCUGAUCUUUGUCUAUGAGGACAAGCAGAUCCUGGAGGAUGUGGCUGCUUUGAUAAGCUACUAUGUGAAGCGGCAGCCCACCAUCCAGAAGGAGGACCAGGCCACCAUUCGGCACAUCAUUCAGCACUUUGUGCCUGAACUAUUCUUCUCUAAGCCGUCCGAACAGCCAGCGGCUGAGGAGACGCCGAGUGAGGAGAAAGUGAGUUCCGAAUCCCAAGUGACUGAGGUGCGCGACUUGCGCCGGAGGACCGUUCCUGGUCCGCAGCCGGAGGAGGCUCACGAGUUGCGGAAAAGGGGCCCCUUGCCGUCCGCUAACCCUUUGGAGGAGAAGCCAGCGCCGCCGGAGGGCCACGAGCGCCGGAAACGGCACCCGCCAUCCAGCCCCCCAAAGGAGAAGGGCCUCCCCCGUGAGGGUGCCGCAGCGCCCCCUCCUCCUCCUCCCGCAGGCACCCCUCACUGCUCACCGGACAACGUCUACACGCUCUUCUUUGCCAACAACAACUGGUACUUCUUCCUGCGGCUGCACCAGACGCUCUGCGCCCGGCUGCUCAAGAUCUACCGCCAGGCCCAGAAGCAGCUGCUGGAGCACCGGAAGGAGAAGGAGCGCGAGCGGCUGCUCUGCGAGGGGCGGAGGGAGCGGGGCAACGACCCUGCCCGGGAGCUGCGCCUCAAGCAGCCCAGCGAAGUGGAGCUGGAGGAGUACUACCCAGCCUUCCUGGACCUGGUGAGGAACCUCCUGGAUGGCAACAUUGACCCGACACAGUACGAGGACACCUUGCGGGAGAUGUUCACCAUCCACGCCUACAUUGGCUUCACCAUGGACAAGCUGGUGCAGAACAUUGUCCGGCAGCUGCACCAUUUGGUGAGCGACGAGGUAUGCCUGAAAGUGGUGGAGCUUCACCUGGGCGAGCGCAAGGCUGGUGCGGCCGGAGGGAACCUCUCCUCCCAGAGUGUGCGGGCAGCCAAGGAGACCGGAUACCAGUGGAAGGCCGAGCACUGCAUGACCGACGAGAACUGCUUCAAGGUGAUGUUCCUCCAGCGGAAGGACCAGGUCAUCAUGACCAUUGAGCUGCUGGACACUGAGGAGACCCAAACCGAAGACCCCACGGAGGUGCAGCACUUGGCCAAUUACGUGGAGCAGUACGUGGGCGAGGAGGGGGCUCCACACAACCAGACGGAAGGCUUCCUUCUCAAGCCGGUCUUUCUCCAAAGGAACCUGAGCCGUUUCCGGCGGUGGCAGUGCCAGCAGGUCCAGGCCUUACGGCACAAGGCCAAGAGCUCCUGGAAGCAGCGGGUGGGGGUGGAAAGCGCCUGCAACGUGGACUGCAAGUUCCGCCUCAGCUCCCACAAGAUGCUCUUCAUCAUGAAUGCCGAGGACUACCUGUAUCGCCGAGGGGCCCUGGCACGGGCCAGGCAGUCCCAGCCGGCCGUCCUGCUCCGGCACCACCAGCGCUUUGAGGAGUGGCACCGCCGCUGGCUGGGCCGGCACGCCUCCCGUGAGGCCCCUGAGUUGCUCCAGGACUGGCUGAUGGGUGAGGCGGAUGAGGACCUGCUGCCCUGCAAGACCACCUGUGAAACCCUAAGUGUCCAUGGCCUCCCGGUCAACCGCUACCGUGUGCAGUACAGCCGCCAGCCCUCCUCUCCCUGAGGGGCCACCGCCGCAACCCCGUCCCGGACCCCCCUUUGGGCAUUUCGUCCAACCAGCCGCUUUCCCAGGGUUCGGGAAGUGCGGCGUCACGGCAUCGAUGCCAGGAAGGGCUCCUUUGUUAUUUUCAUUCACAGUCACUGCCUCAGCAAAAGAGUUGAUAAUGAUGCUACCCUUCAGAUUGAAGCUCUUUACGUGUGGUUUUGUUUUUGUGGGGUGGGGGGAGCAUUUUAUCUCUGGUGAGAAGAGGUGCAAUGGCAUCCUUUUCUCCUUGGCCCUGUACUGGACGUAUUAUGCCAAAUUCUGAGGUUUCAGGAGGCCGGAGACCUCAGGUGUCUCUUGAUGUGCGCGCACUCAUACACACACACCCAUGGCCUUUCUGUGCAAAAGGGGGGACAACACACCAUGCCUUCAGGAGCUGCCCCUUGCUGCAUGGAGCCAGAAAAGGUAUGGUUUGCCCCCCUCCCGCCAUGGCAUCUCCUCUGAUAGUUUCAUCAGAUGUUGCCUCAAAGGCUACAGGAUAGAUGCGCUUACCACGAGUGCCCUUCCCUGUCAUGUUUCUGCGGCAGUCUCUGCAAUUUGGGGAGGGGGGCGGGCUGGCUGGCUGGCUGUUGAAAGGGGGGUGGCUUCCCAUUGCAGCAUUUCCCCAGAAACAACCAUCGACAUUGGCCGAGGGCGGCAGCUCCGCUUCUCGUUCCUCCCCCUGAAUGGCCACGGAUUCCCCCAAAAUCCAGAUGCCGUUAAAGCCUUUUGGAGGCGUGCAGCCCCCCUUGCAACCCACUCCUGGAUGCUCCAAUUCUGCCUCCUGCCAUCCCAAGCAUCGCCAGGAGCCCCUCUCCCAGUCCCAUCCGUGCCAAACUCACAGUUGGGAACGCCGUUUGUUGGGUGUUUAGCUUUGUGUUUUCACGUGUGCUUAAGUUCCGGAGGGGGACGGUGUGGCGUUUUCGAGGGUCCCGGUUCCCCUUGUUCCCCCUUCCCCCCAACGCCACCCUCUCUCCGUCUUUCAAAAGUGUACUUCUGACCAUCUUUCGGCGUCUUUGCUUUGAUGGGGACAGCUGAGCCGUGGCUCCCUCCCCGGAGGCGCCGAACAAACAAACAAAUGAAUGUCUGUUGUCUGUGUCUGGAGGGGAACUGGAGCUCGGUCCUCUUCUGCUUCUGAAGAACCUCUCGCUUUUUCCUCCUCUCCUCCCUUUCCCUUGUUUUCUUACUGCUUGUAUUUGCUUUGCCAACUCUUUGAAUGUAGUUUUUAAAAAUAUAUAUUUAUUUGCACAUCCAAGUAAAAUAAAAGAUUAAUUUUAAAAUGUCAA